AUGGGCAAGAGAUUCUACGGCCUCACGGGCACCAAGCUGAACAUUGCCAUUGCGGUGGUUGCGGGUACCGAUUUCGCGCUUUUCGGUUAUGACCAGGGUGUCAUGGGUGGGCUGCUCACCUUGCCCUCAUUCACGCGCUACUUCCCCGAGAUCAACACCCUGGAGCCGCCCAACGGCGAUGCUAGCCACACGGCGACAAUCCAGGCCAUCACGGUCGGCGCGUACACUCUGGGAUGUUUCUUCGGCGCUGUUGCGACCAUCUGGCUCGGCAACAUGCUCGGACGCAAGAAGACUAUUUUCAUCGGGAGUGUCAUUAUGAUCAUCGGCGCAGCCAUCCAGACAGCAUCGUUCAGUCUCGCCCAGCUCAUUGUUGGACGUUGGAUUACCGGUUUCGGCAACGGCAUGAACACCAGCACGGUUCCCACAUGGCAGUCCGAAACAUCGAAACCGCAUAGAAGAGGACAAAUGGUCAUGAUUGAGGGUUCACUCAUCGUAUUUGGCGUCAUGCUGAGUUACUGGCUCGACCUGGGAUUCUCGUUCCUCGAGCCCAGUUCCAUCGCCUGGCGCUUCCCCAUUGGCUUCCAGAUCAUCCUCGCUAUCUUCAUCCUCAUCUUGAUCCCCGGACUGCCCGAGUCGCCACGCUGGCUCGUCCUCAAGGGACGAGAUGACGAGGCGUGGGAGGUCUUGGCCGCUCUGAGCGACCUGCCAAAGGAGGAUAAGAAGAUUGUCGCAGAGUUGCAGGCGGUCAAGGACGUCGUCUUCGAGAUGUCCAGGGGCGGAUUCCGAGAGUGCUUCAAGACCAACCGCAACAGGAAUUUCCACCGCACAGUGCUUGCAUACGUCAACCAAAUGUUCCAGCAAAUCUCGGGUAUCAAUUUGGUCACGUACUACGCGGCAACUAUCUUCGAAGGCUCGCUCGGUCUUUCGCCGUUCCUGAGUCGUCUUCUAGCUGCUUGCAACGGAACAGAGUACUGGAUCGCCUCUUGGAUCGCCAUCUUCACGAUUGAGAGGUUCGGGCGCCGCAAGCUGAUGAUAUUCGGUGCGGUUGGCAUGAGCGCGACCAUGGCCAUCCUCGCAGGAGCCACCAGCAACGUCGAGAACAAGGCCUGCGCUCUUGUCGCAACCGUCAUGCUGUUCGUCUUCAACUCCUUCUUCGCCGUCGGAUGGCUGGGCAUGACCUGGCUCUACCCCGCCGAGAUCACGCCCCUCUCGAUCCGUGCUCCGGCAAACGCCAUCGCAACCACUGCGAACUGGGCUUUCAACUUCAUGGUCGUCAUGGUCACACCCGUCGCGUUUGCAAACAUCGCGUGGAAGACGUACAUUAUUUUCGCCGUCAUCAACGCCGCCAUGGCGCCGAGCGUGUACUUUUUCUUCCCCGAGACCGCCGGCCGCUCGCUGGAGGAGAUGGACGAGAUCUUCCACAACACCACCAACCCCUUCAACUGCGUCAAGAUUGCGAGAGAACUGCCUCACCGCUUCGACAAGCGCGGCAACUUGCUCAUCGACUACAACGACACCGAGGAGGCAAGGGACGUCGAGAGGAGGAGAAGCUCGGUCACUGGCGCGUCGCCGGGUCUCUUUGACAAGGACAACAGAGAGCACAACGAGAAAGCCUAA